UGUCAAGACUUGCAUAGCUUUCAGAAGAAGCAGGAGCUAUUCAGUUUCACUUUUUUGGAGAAGAAGUGAGAAGCAACUCAAGAAAAUGAUUCUGAUGAUUUUUUUGGUAAUGUUUAUCAUGGAAUCUGCCACUGAGAAGCUGUGUCCCCUUCGUGCCUCCAUCAAUAUUCUAGAAGGGGAAUAUUUUUUCCUUUGCUAUCUUGAGUCAAAGCAAGAACAUUUUCAGGAAGAAACAUAUACAAUAAACUGGUACAAAGAAAGUGCUGGCAAACAGAAAGUGAUAAAGGAAACACACAGAAUUGUUUCACAAAUGAAUUUUCUGGAGUUUUGGCCAGCUGAACUCAGUGACUCUGGGAAUUACUCUGUCAUUCAAAGCAAUGGAAAACAAAAUGUCACAAUUCAAAAGUGGACACUGAAUGUACUUGAAAGAAAUAAAAGCAGCUGUUUCAAUGAAAAUCAUUUAACUACAGAAAUUAAAAGUGCUGGAACUGGUCAUUCACUGAAAUGCAGCGAUUUGUCUGUCCAUGAAAAUGACAGCAUAACAUGGUACAAGGACUGUAAGAAUUAUGAAAAUGAAACAGAGAGGGAACUAAAUUUUAGAGCCUUAACAGUACAGAACUCUGGGAUAUACACCUGUAAAAUUUUAAUCAGUCACGAAGGAAAAAUAUACCACAGCACAAAUACAAUUAAACUUGUAGUAGAAGAAGAUGCACCAGAGGCUUUCACUUUGGAGAUAGUUGGACGUCAUGAAGAAAUUGAAACAGAAAUAGGUAAAGAAGAGAUAUUAAAUUGCACAAGUUCCUCGGUUCAUUAUAUGCCAGAAGAUGCCAGCCUCUACUGGUUAAUUAACCAAACAUUUCCAGAAAAAUGCACGGUUAUCCCUGAGAAUGAACCUUCAAUAUGUGAAGAAGAACUCAAAACACUACAGUUGGGAAACAAGUUCUAUAUCACAAGGCUACUAAGGAUUAAAAAAGUAAGAGAUGAGGACGUGCGCCAUAAUUUCACCUGCAUGUUGCAAGCUGAUGAAAGCACACAGAUAAAAAUAGUAAAACUGAAGAAAGGGAAGAUUCAAGACUUGCCAGUGCAUGUAUUUACCACUGGAAUGGUCCUUGCUCUGCUAUUUCCAUUUGUUGCCGUAGCUGUGGUGUUGGUGCUUGUGAUGUUUAGAGUCGACUUAGUUCUAUUUUACAGAAAUAUUUGCAGGAGAGAUGAUACUGCUGGAGAUGGAAAAGAAUAUGAUGCAUUUGUGUCUUACCUGAAAGACUGUGUUUCUCCUACUGAAGAAGAGAGAGAAUUUGCUUUGAAGGUACUGCCCAUGAUAUUAGAAGAAAACUUUGGGUACAAGUUAUGUAUAUUUGAAAGGGAUGUAUUCCCUGGAGGAGCAUUUGUUGAUGAUAUCCAUUCAUUCAUUGAUAAAAGCAGAAGAUUAAUCAUUAUACUGAGCCAGAACUACAUUUCUGACAGAGCCAUAUACGAACUUGAGAGUGGACUGCAUAAAGCUCUAGUUGAAAGAAAAACUAAGAUCAUAUUAAUUGAAUAUAUGCCUAUAAGUGACUACAAUUUCUUGCCAGAAUCACUGUCACUUUUACCAUCAAAAAGGGUGGUGAAAUGGAAAAAAGAGAAAUCUCUUCCCGUGAAUUCCAGAUUUUGGAAGAACCUUCGGUACCUGAUGCCAGCAAAGCCUAUCAAGACAAAGACCAAAGGGCACUAUAGUAAUCUUAACUUAGGCUCAGAAGCUGCUCAACCCUGGACUGAGUGCUGUGACCUUAAUGCAAUCAUAUAACAAUUCUGGAGACUGAAGAUGUAGCAGAAAACUGUAGGUUUUGCUAGCUAAUAGAACUAAAUAAACUAAUAUUUUGGGAAAUAGUUAAUGAGGAGACCAGCUCUGAGAUCUGAGAAGAAUGCAGCAGUUAUUGCAGUAGCCGGGAUGAUGUUAACCCCAACUGCUAAAUCUUAUCCCAGAGAAUGUUUCCUCAGCAAUCUCCACAAGGAGCAGAAAUUUCAUUCUGCUUAGGACUUACCACAUGGCAUGAAGCACAAUGAAAAACAUUUUUAUUUCACUAUUUUCAGUGAUGUAGAAUGAUACUGUUUUUACUUGCAUAUAUUUUAGGCCCUUCAAUAAAUAAAUCAGUACUUGCAAUUUUUUUUUAUUAGUAGUAUUAUUAUUUGGAUGCUCUUUAUUUUGUAUUUUGAUAUUUUCUAAGGAUUGUAAGUAGACCCAAACAGCUCCUGCCUUAAAGAGCUUGGCAUGCAGGCUUUGGUCAACAUCAAGUAGAAAAAAACCCAAACCAUGAGAGAAAGGGGAGGUUAUAAAAAGUAGGGCAGUUUUGGAUGGUUUAACAGUAUUUACUACUGAAUUGUACAUGGUCUACAAUGGGGAAUAAUUUGAAGGAAUGAUAAAGACUGUUUACAUCCCAUUUCACUGAGAAGAUUGCAAAUGCUCAUUUUGACAGGGAGAAGAGGGGGGUGGAAUAGAAAUGUCUGACAGACAUAAUGGUUUUUUUAAUGUAUGUUGAUACCACAGUGGACCCAAUUGCCCAGAGACAUUGUGGAGCCUCCCUCAAUGGAGAUAUUUUGGGCAUAAUUCUGGGCAAUGUGCUCUGGGAUGACCCUGCUUGAGCAGGAGGUCAGACCAGAUGACCCACUGUGAUCCCUUCCAAACAGACCCAUUUCAUGAUUCUGUUAUACCCUGAGCUGCCUUCAGCUGUUGCAUGUAGGGGAUUUAGGUGAAAAUGAGGCCGGUGUGUAUAUAAACUCCUAAUCCUUUGGAACUCUUGUCUUAAUAUUAUUUUUAAAACAAUAUUAUUUGUUUUACAACAAAUAAAGAGAACUAUUCAAAACUAUGCUAAUCCUCCCUCAUUAUUAGCUGUUUGGCAGAAGAUACCAAGCUCACAUAAAAUUCCUGGAUAAAAUGGAACCAUAUUUCCUCCUAGCAUCAAGAAGGGGAGAAGUCAAGGGAGAAUCAUUUUGGAAGGUCUUUUGUCAGAUUUUUAGGAGAUCAUCAAGGCUCUGCCCACUCUUGUCAUUGCUUUGCCUGCCAUUACUGCUGGUUUUGAGAAGGCAUCUCUUUUACAGUGACAAUUCACAGAGGUAGAGGAGCUCUAUUACCUUCUCAGUGCACUUGAAAACACAAUUGGAGUGUUGGGUGUCAUGACAAUGUCUCAAGUUUCAUGGGAAUGAAACAUUGUUUGUCAAAUAUCCUUUAAUCAUGCAUAGUUUCUGGAAGAUGUUUAGGUAAAAGAAAAGGCUAAGUAUAGAUUUCCAAAAUGGAGACAACACUGCUGCCAGGUUAACAGGUAGAUGGAAAAGGAACAAAGAAAUAAGGCAAACAUGUGUAGAGACCUUCAGAUCAGUUCUAGGAGGUCUCCUUUCUGUCAGACAACUAAGGAGCUAUGUAAGUGUGGUUCACAGGCAAAAACCAUUCUCUGGUGUGAGCUUUUACUGAAGAGGAUUUCUCCUCUGCAGAUGUGUGCCUUUACAUUUCCAAAUCUCAAAUAUUUCACAGUGUUCAGUUCUUCUCUACCAGUGUUCUCCAUGUUUUCUAGUCACAGAUAAGUUUUGACAUUCUCUGUCAGCACAGAAAUGCCAUUAGACACAAUCGGUAUAUCAAUUUUCUGGCCAAACAUCUUACAGAAAUGUUAGCAAUUUCCUAAUACUUAGCUGAGGUAUUAAAUGUUCUCCUCAGCCAUGUAGUUUUUCAUAUACUGUUGUCAAUGUAUUGCCUAACAAAUUAAAUGUCAAAUGUGUGUCACACAUGUGACUGUGGAUGGUGCACAUGGUUUGUUAAUUGCUCUGGACCAAGCCUAGCCUCUGUGAGAAUCAGCUACUAUAAAUUGAAAUUGAAUGUGCCAAGGAUGCCCCCUCACCUCAGCUUGGAGAGACAAUGUGACUGCAUGUACCAGCUAGACCUCAUGAAGAUGUACCCUAAAGCCUGUGACACCAUACAGAAUUUGACUGCCCUGAGAUUUUACAGAAUAAUGGAGGAUUAUACAUAAGGAAGGAUGAAAUGGCAUUAACUCCCAAGGUUAAAUGGCAUUAACUCCCAAGCUGUGUGAAUGCCAGCAGAGCAGAUGCACGUUGAAUGACUCAACAUCUGCAUCUGUAAAAGGGGAAAUGUGUUUGCACAGAGAGGUAUCAUGACACAGUCACUUUACAGAUGAUCCUCACUGCCCAUUAUGCCAUGCUAAAGGAGGACAAGGGAAAUUAAGGAUCAGUGGUAAAAUGGGGACAAGGGAAAUUAAGGAUAUGCAUACUCAUACUAAUGCCAGAUGUUGUUCUUAUUGCUCUUAUAUCCUGAAUUACUGACAUUAAUCAGACCUUGGAAAUGCCUGAUUUUUGUUUGCCAGUCCAUAGAGAAAGGGAUCUGCUAAUAUUACUUUUAUAGACUGUAGUUGUACUGACUUGCCUCAUCAUGUAUGAGUGAAUUCACAUGAUAGUUGG